CAUAUACGGGAUCCUGCUUCAUAAUUGGCCGUCGCAACGGAGAUAGCGUCUCCUCAAGCUACGCUCGCUGCCUCGACGAAUACCCGAUGUCCACGGAAUACCAGCCUCGGUUUUGGUGCUGUGACCAACGACACUUUCGCCUAGUCGUCAUACUGGCGGUUACAGAAGCUAGAUGGGCCCAUAUCAGAAAUCAGAAGGGGGUCGCCGACUGAAACCUUACUAGUAAAAUCGAUGGUCGCGCAUGAUCCUGGCUGUGUCCUCCGUACAGGCGAUCGGUCUGGCCACUAGCAAAACCCACUAUCAAAUUGUCAAAUACGGGGGAAUCGGAGAAGCAGAGGAUGGAGUAAGAUUCUCAGGAUUCGGGGAUAUAGAUGGCUGGAUCCUGUCAGGGACGCAGUGUCGCUGCAUGUCUGAAUUUUCUCACAAUGCCACACACAUACGCAGUGGGCACGCACAGGCUCUCACAAAAGCAUCGCCCAGCCCAUUUCCCCAGAUCCGCUUCUUUUCUUGCACGGCCACAGGCUGCGAUAUAGUGCCAAUAACCUCCGGCCAUUUACCUGCUUGGCUUAGGGGCCACAAUUCAUGGUGCUUGCCUUGCCGCUACUUGCGCCGGUCUACCCUGGUAGGUUGGAACGGUCACCCACGGCAGACCAUGUUGCUCGAACCCUCGGCCUUUAAAGAAGCGUCUUAAACCUACCGCACAGUCGACCUGUGAAGAGACUUUGGCGCUCGGUAUACCGUUACGUAGUACUUGGCCAUUUUGUUUCAGUGGCUUGCCGGCCCCUGUCGAUUAUCCUCUCCAGAUUGGGCAUCAUUCAACCUUUCUCUUAAGUUGGCGAUAC